AUGUCCGGACUUGUCAUUCGUGACCUGUCAAAUGGUUCCUUUCUGCCAGUCACUCGGCCUAGCUUGGAUUCGUUUGGCUCUGCUACUUCUAUCAACUUUGACUUUACGCCACUUUUCGAAGACACUAUUCUCUCUUUACUACCAUCGGCUCUUCUCUUACUGAGCCUACCAUACCGCAUCAUAAGCCUCUAUGGCCAGCGGCCAAAAGUAUCCCCGGGGGGAUUUUUGCGCGAGAGUAAAUCAGUCUUCUUGGCCAUGUUUGCCGCAAUCCAUAUGGCGCUGUUGAUCCUACGUGUUUUGAAUUCAUCGCUACGCACGUCUGCUACUAUCGCCGAGUCUGCACUGGCUUUUAUCGCCAGUCUAGGUUUAUGUCUGCUUUCGCGGCUCGAGCAUUUACGUUCUAUUCGCCCAUCACCCAUUAUUAACGGUUACAUCCUCAUCACUCUAAUAUUCGACAUUGCUCGCCUGCGAACGCUAUUCCUUGCUUCGAACAACAGAUCCAUUGCCGGGAUAUUUUCCAGCAUGAUAGGCAUCAAGGUGAUGGUUCUUCUUACUGAAGCAGUCGAAAAGCGAAAGCUGCUAUUAGGACCAUAUCGUGAUUUGUCGCCCGAAGAAACAAGCGGCAUUUACAGUAAAUCGUUUUUCUUCUGGCUCAACCAACUCAUGACAUCUGUAUUCCAGCGUGUUCUUCAAAAUCACGAUCUGUAUCCGAUCGAUAGUGAAAUGUCCUCCACGGUUCUCCAACAGCGAAUGAAGAAUGCGUGGAGUGCUGCAACACAACAUAAACCAAGAGCUUUUUUCUGGGCAGUGUUACGUGCGAAUACAAAGCCAUUGCUUUUUUGUGUCGUUCCGCGUUUGUUGCAAAUGGGCUUUAGAUAUGCUCAGCCUUUCCUGCUCACGCGCACGAUUGCUUUCGCAAACGACCAGGGCCAGCCGGACAGCAUUGGCUGGGGCCUCACAGGCGCCUUUUUUAUAGUACUUCUUGGUGUCGCGGUUUCGAAUGGCGUCUUCUACCACAUGACAUUUCGCUUCGUGACAAGCGUCCGUGGUAGUUUGGUGAGCAUUAUUUAUUCCAAAACGCUCGAUCUCAGCGUCACAGCCCUCGAUGAAUCAGUUGCAGUGACUCUGAUGUCUAGUGAUGUUCAAGCCAUUUGUGAUGGUUUCCAAUUGAUCAAUGAUCUCUGGGGAGUACCCCUUGAGCUAGUCAUUGUUAUCUAUCUCUUGACUCGCCAACUGGGAAUCGUGGCGCUCGUGCCAGCUAUUCUAUCACUUAUAUCCACAGUCGCUAUUAUUUCCAUGGCAAAAUCCAUGAGACGUGCCCAAAGAAUAUGGAUGAAGAGCAUUCAAACUCGAGUUGAUGUCACGUCCACUAUUUUGGGGUCUAUGAAAUCUGUCAAGAUGCUUGGCUUCACUGAUUGGCUUGUGGGUAUUGUCCAAGGGCUGAGGGUGAGUGAGCUUCAGGAGGCAGAGCUCUUUCGUAGGUUGCUUGUUUUGCGUGUCUUUCUUGCAAACAGUCUCAGAUUUCUUGCUCCACCCUUGACGUUCGCUAUCUUUGCAACUAUUCCGCAAAAGGGUCAUUCUUUGAACGUGAAUUCGGUUUACACGACCUUAUCCCUGAUUUCGCUUUUGGCUGGGCCUAUUAAUACAUUCAUACGAGCUAUUCCCGCUAUGAACACUGCUCUAGCAUCUUUCAAUCGCGUCCAAAAGUUCCUUCAGUCAGAGGGUAGACGUGAUCAUCGCAUGAAUUUGGAAGAUUCUUCACCCACAACACAACGGAUUCAGCCAAGCUUGGAAGGGCUAGAACUCUCAGAUCUCUGUCCAUUGAGGCAAAGCUCAGUAUCGGAAGUAAUUACCGCCCGAGACGUGAGCUUCGCAUGGGGCAACCAUGCAGCUUUCGCGGUCCACGAUAUCAAUUUGACCGUUCAAAAAGGACAAUUUUGUUUUAUUAUUGGCUCAACAGGAUGUGGUAAGAGCACUCUCAUGAAAGGAAUUCUGGGAGAAACACCAUCAACACAAGGGUUUCUAUAUACGAAAUACCGAGAUACAGCAUUCGUAGAUCAAACACCCUGGAUCCGCAACACUUCAUUCAGGGACAAUAUCCUGGGUGUCUCGAAUUAUACGGAGACAUGGUAUCGUGAGGUUGUCAGCGCCUGUGGAUUGGAUCAGGAUGUUGCAAACCUCCCAAAUGGCCACUGUACGACGGUGUUGCUAUCUACGCACGCCGUGCACCGACUUUCUUAUGCGGAUCAUAUUGUGGCUAUGAAAGGCGAUGGCUCUAUUGCAGAGCAGGGCACCCUGGAAGAGCUUAAAGCCAGCGGUGGCUAUCUAGCCCACUUGAAAGCACAGUACAAAUCACAGGCAAAUGACAAAGUGAACCCCCAACAACAAGAGGCUACAAACCCCGUACUCGAUAGCUCCGAUCAAAGAAACCAUGAUGCCAUGGAAGGAGAAUUGACCAGGCAAAAUGGAGACUUUUCUCUUUACUUAUAUUACUUUGGCUCUGUGCAUUGGGCAUCCAGUGCUUUUUGGAUGACGUUCUUUGUCCUUGAAGGAGUGUCACCAAAGCUGAGCGAAUUGCUAGUCAAAUCUUGGGUGAGCGCAUUGGCAACACAUGGUAGUGCUGUGAACCCCUUCUACCUAGGUCUAUACGCCUUGGUGUCAAUAAUAACGGCCUUCGCGCUUGUGGGUGGAUCCUACCAUUUAUUCAUGUUCUUUGCGCCCAAAAGCGCUGAAACUCUACACAAGCGUCUUCUAAAUUCGGUUAUGCAUGCACCCUUGUCUUUUUUCACUUCAGUUGAUACUGGCACCACUAUGAACAGAUUCAGCCAAGAUAUGACCUUAUUUGAUCAUGAUUUACCUUACUCAGCGCUCGAUUUUAUAUUCUCUCUAUCAGGUGGACUCAUGUCCGCUAUCAUGAUGUGUAUAUCUGCUCGAUACUUUGCCGCUGUGGUACCACCGUUUUUCCUGUUUUUGUGGAUGCUGCAGAAGUUCUACCUGCGCACAUCACGCCAAAUGCGCCUUCUAGACCUCGAGGCAAAAUCGCCGCUAUUCUCCCAAUUUAUUGAGAGCCUAUCAGGCCUAGUGACAAUCCGUGCCUUCGGCUGGGCGUCUGCAUUCGAAGACCAGAAUCUAGCCUUACUUGACGCGUCGCAGAAACCAUUUUAUUUGCUUUUCUGUAUUCAGAGAUGGCUGGAACUAGCACUGGAUCUGUCUGUGGCUAUCCUCGGUGCUAUUCUGAUGGCUCUCGUCGUCAAGUUGCGAAGUGCGGUUGGCACUGGAUAUGUCGGUCUCGCCAUUCUUAAUGUCAUCACUUUCAGCCAGUCACUUUCACAGAUUCUACGAAAUUGGGCAGAGCUUGAGACUUCCCUCGGGGCUAUCGCUCGAAUUCGAGACUUUGUUACUCAUACCGCCUCGGAAAACCAGCCAGCCGAGAACGAAGGACUCCAGGCUAUGAACUUUGAUUUGUCCUCCUGGCCAUCUAAGGGUGCAAUCGAGUUUCAGAAUGUCUACGCAUCUUACAAGGCAGGGGAGGAUCAACCACACGUACUUCGCAAUCUGAACCUACUGAUCCAACCUGGUGAAAAGAUCGGGAUAUGUGGUCGCAGUGGCAGCGGCAAAAGCUCGCUUCUAGCAACCCUGUUCCGACUGCUGGAAAUCGAGUCACAAAGUCGGAUUCUGAUUGACGGUGUGGAUAUCGCACACAUCCCACGGCAGAUUACACGUGCAGCUCUUAAUGCCAUUCCACAGGAGCCUUUUUUCACACACGGUACUGUUCGUGCCAAUAUUGAUCCAUCCAAUGUCAACAGCCUUCAGGAGAUUGAGCGCGCUCUUCGUCGCGUUGAACUGUGGGAUAUUGUUGAGAGGAAAGGCGGAUUCAACGCCCCCCUAGAUGCCAAUUUUUUCUCUCAUGGUCAAAGACAACUCUUUUGUCUUGCACGAGCCCUUUUGCGCAAAAGUAAAAUCGUGAUUCUCGACGAAAUGUCAAGUAAUGUGGAUAUUGUUUCCGACGCGUUGAUGCAACGAGUUGUUCGUGAAGAUUUUGCGGACUGCACGAUCUUGGCUGUUGCUCAUCGACUCGAGACCAUCCUUGACUUUGACCGCAUCGCUAUGAUACAGAAUGGCGAGCUGAUUGAAUUUGAUACACCAGAGGUACUUCUUUAA